CAUUUUAACUUAUGAAAUCAUAAUCGUUUAUUUCACGUAAACAUUUUUGUAGUUUAUAAUACUAUAAACGGUGUGUGUAUAAAUUGGAGGAUUACUAUUUUUCUUCUUGCUCAAUGCUGAUUUGUAGGCGGCGUUAUGGUUUUUGUUUUGAGUGUCUUCGGCUUGGUUUUUACGGAUCUAGACGUUAGUUGACUGUGAAUGAAGUGUCUUUCACUGUCGAUGUGGUGUUGCGCCGGAAACUUAUCAGUAUUCGUCGAUUUUGGGGGCUUAGGUGUUCAAAUGUUACAUCACCACCAAGGAGCUUGGGAUGGUGAUGCGCUCUUUGGGCCAAAAUCCAACUGAAGUAGAACUUAAGGAUAUGAUCAACGAAAUUGAUGCUGAUAACAACGGAACAAUUGACUUCUCUGAAUUCCUCAACCUGAUGUUACGUAAAAUGAAGGAAACUGACUCAGAGGAGGAGCUCAAGGAAGCUUUCAAAGUUUUUGACAAGGACCAGAACGGAUUUAUCUCUGCAUCCGAACUUCGCCAUGUGAUGACUAAUAUUGGGGAAAAACUAACUGAUGAGGAGGUCGGUGAGAUGAUCCGUGAGGCUGAUGAGGAUGGUGACAAGCAGAUCAACUAUGAGGAGUUCGUCAAGAUCAUGAUGGACAAAAGGCGGAAAAGGAUGAGCGAAGAAAGAAGAAGAGAAGCGAAGCAAAGCAGCAGCUACAGCCAGGGUAAUGGAUCAAGAUCACGAAAAAGAGAUAUGUUCCGCAGCUGUAGAUUCCUGUAAGGUAAUGUGUGUUUUAUUGUACUAUUUUAUAAGAUUGAUUGCACAAUUAAAUAAUCAAUCGUGUCUUAUCUUAUCGAGCAUAGCAAACAUGGCUGAAAUAUUUUAUCGCUGUCCUCCGAAUUUAGUUGUCGCCGGCCUUAAGUAGCGUUUGAAGAUAUAUUCUCCCGUGAAUAUAUAUGUUGGAUAACAAUGUAUUGUUAUCAUGUUGUAACAUAUCUGCUGUUGAAAUAAAUGGAUUGUGUAUAUCAAAUUUAUCA